GCGUCGCUGUGCGGACGCGGGGGAGGCGGUGGGAGCGAGCUGCGGGCGCUGCGCGGUGGCCCUGCGGUCUGGCGUGUGCACGCUAGUGUCCACACACGUGUGCGUGGGCUCUGGGUGCCCUGGCGCGGCCGGCACGCCCAUGGGGGCCGGGGAUGCCGGGGCGUCUGCGGAGAGUGCAGGUGGGUGACGACAGCUCCCCAGGAGCCCCCCGCCCGGCCCCUCCAGGCGGGCAGUGGAGCUGGCCCGGCGCCUGGGCGCGCCAUGCGCAGCACCACGCUCCUGGCCCUGCUGGCGCUGGUCUUGCUUUACUUGGUGUCUGGUGCCCUGGUGUUCCGGGCCCUGGAGCAGCCCCACGAGCAGCAGGCCCAGAGGGAGCUGGGGGAGGUCCGAGAGAAGUUCCUGAGGGCCCAUCCGUGUGUGAGCGACCAGGAGCUGGGCCUCCUCAUCAAGGAGGUGGCUGAUGCCCUGGGAGGGGGUGCGGACCCAGAAACCAACUCGACCAGCAACAGCAGCCACUCAGCCUGGGACCUGGGCAGCGCCUUCUUUUUCUCAGGGACCAUCAUCACCACCAUCGGAUAUGGCAAUGUGGCCCUGCGCACAGAUGCCGGGCGCCUCUUCUGCAUCUUUUAUGCGCUGGUGGGGAUUCCGCUGUUUGGGAUCCUACUGGCAGGGGUCGGGGACCGGCUGGGCUCCUCCCUGCGCCAUGGCAUCGGUCACAUUGAAGCCAUCUUCUUGAAGUGGCACGUGCCACCGGAGCUAGUAAGAGUGCUGUCGGCGAUGCUUUUCCUGCUGAUCGGCUGCCUGCUCUUUGUCCUCACGCCCACGUUCGUGUUCUGCUAUAUGGAGGACUGGAGCAAGCUGGAGGCCAUCUACUUUGUCAUAGUGACGCUUACCACCGUGGGCUUCGGCGACUAUGUGGCCGGCGCGGACCCCAGGCAGGACUCCCCGGCCUAUCAGCCGCUGGUGUGGUUCUGGAUCCUGCUCGGCCUGGCUUACUUCGCCUCAGUGCUCACCACCAUCGGGAACUGGCUGCGAGUAGUGUCCCGCCGCACUCGGGCAGAGAUGGGCGGCCUCACGGCGCAGGCUGCCAGCUGGACUGGCACGGUGACAGCGCGCGUGACCCAGCGAGCUGGGCCCGCCGCCCCGCCGCCGGAGAAGGAGCAGCCACUGCUGCCUCCACCGCCCUGUCCAGCGCAGCCGCUGGGCAGGCCCCGAUCCCCUUCGCCCCCCGAGAAGGCUCAGCCGCCUUCCCCGCCCACGGCCUCGGCCCUGGAUUAUCCCAGCGAGAACCUGGCCUUCAUCGACGAGUCCUCGGAUACGCAGAGCGAGCGCGGCUGCCCGCUGCCCCGCGCGCCGAGAGGUCGCCGCCGCCCAAAUCCCCCCAGGAAGCCCGUGCGACCCCGCGGCCCCGGGCGUCCCCGAGACAAAGGCGUGCCGGUGUAG